AGCUCUGUAGCUGUCCCUGGCAGGGAGGAGGAGGAGGAGGAGGAGGGAGAGGAUCGUCUGACUGCAGGGGUGGUUCGAGAGAGGCUUCGUUUCCCAGGAUGCACACACAUCUGUUCUGCCCUGCCUAGUUGUCACCUCUGGUCAGACAGAUGUUUUGUUUUGUUAAACAAUGCAAAGUUUCCCCCCAGAGCGAACUGUGGGCUGAGUGGUGAUUCCUACCAGGAGAGGCUUCUCUCUCUGUUUCAAACCGCCUUCCACUCUCUGGGGAAACUACCGUGUGUGUCUCCGGAAGGAAGGAAGGAGAGAGAGAGACACCGAGGAGCGGGAAGACGGAGGCCACUACCUUAAGCCUCAGUCUCAGCAGCGGUGCUGGAAGCAGCCGCAGGGCAAACGCAGAGGCUGCAGGCAGGCACACGGCCGCCUUUUCUUCCGGCCCCCGCCCUCUGGAGCUGCCCUCUGAAAAGGGCUCCCUCUAAGGCCGGCGCCGCCUGCCUCCCGCCUCCCCCAGUCCGCAAACGGGCUCGUCGUAAUCCGGCUCUCGCCAUGUCCAAGCACGUUUUCCUUACGGGACCACCAGGAAUUGGAAAAACAACCUUGAUCCAGAAGGCUACUGAAGUUUUAAAAUCAUCUGGUGUUCCUAUUGAUGGGUUUUACACAGAGGAAGUGAGAGACCGUGGCCGGAGAACAGGAUUUGAUGUUGUCACACUGAGUGGAAGAAGAGGAAUUUUGUCUAGGAUUGGCUCUACUGACUCAGUGGCAAGGCGUGAAUACCGUGUUGGCCAAUAUGUAGUAGACCUAGCUUCGUUUGAACAGUUGGUUCUUCCUUUAUUGAGCAAUGCUGAUCUUGGCAGCAGUGCAGUGAAAAGGGUCUGCGUAAUUGAUGAGAUUGGUAAAAUGGAGCUCUUCAGCACGUCAUUUAUUCAAGCUGUCCGUCAGAUUUUGAGUGGUUCAGGAACUGUGAUCCUUGGAACAAUCCCAGUGGCUAAAGGAAAGCCCUUGGGUCUUGUGGAAGAGAUCAGAAGUAAGAAGGAGGUGAAGGUCUUCAAUAUUACAAAGGAGAACAGAGACGGCACUUUGCAAGAUGUUGUGACAGCUGUGCAGAACUGCCUAAAAUGAGAAUUUUUGUUCUAUGUACUACCUCAUGUGCGCUUUACAAUCCAACUUAGCCUCUUCUGAUAUCUUUGGGGCUUUAUUGGCUUUGAAUAUGCAGACCUGAGCUCUGCUGUUUCACAUUUGUUACCUGGCUGCUUUUUAGAUCAGAUUUGUUCCAUUUACAGCUAAAAUAAGAAAAUUCUCUAGUACCAGAUGAUUAAUGUUAGAGCUUGAAAAUCAAGGUUUUAAUUCAUCAUACACAUGAGAAUCCACACUCUGAGUUGAACUUUAGGUUAACCUUGGCUCAAGUGAGCAAUGAAUGAAUAGAUUACCAUUCAGCAGAUUGCUGUAUUCUAACAUUGCACUACAGAAGGAGAAGCUUCUGUGGUCUAAGAGUUUUCCCAAAGAAAUAGGACCCCUUUGCUCCCCCUGUACUUCAACAACACAAGCUCUGUGCAAAUGUAUAGUAAGUCUAUUCCUGAGUUGCAUAUAGACUGGUUUUCAGCUUGAUCAGGGAUAUCAGUUAUGAAUUGACAGAUUACCUCCAAAGGUAAGUACAGUGGAGGAAGGGAUUGGGUUCAACAAAGAUUUUAUAUAUAUAUUUCCAGUUUUGUUUUCAAGAUGGCAUUCAAAAGAAACAACUAACUUUAUUUUCCUCAUGUAAUAAUUAACAAAGAUUCUGCCUGGUUGUGUUGGUUAAGGUUUUUAAAGGCCUCCUUUUGGGUGGGGGUGGAGCUUGUUUGCUUUCUUAUUUAUUUCUGAAUUUCUGGCAGAUAUUUCUUAGAAGUAUGUUCCCAUUGUAACUCAGUUCUCUAUGUAACACUGCAAAUCAAACCAUUUGUUGUGUCCAUUGUUGCUUAACAAUUUUUUUUUGUUUCUUUCUGCAAUCAUUUAUACCAUUUUCAGUUAACGAAACUAUAAAUUUCUGUGACCCAGCUUGAGUCCUAUAAGGCUUGGGAAUGGUGUUCAGGAAAAGUGUUUACCACUUAAUCAGUUUUGCAUGUCAUGAAAGCUAAAUUCCCAGCCAGGUGCACAUUUGUUUUCAUAUGCUAUAAAAUGUUCCUUGGCUCUAACAGAAUUGUAAAGGAAUGCAGCCUCUCUCUCUCUCUCUCUCUCUCCCCCCCCCGCCCCCCGCCUCUUCUGGUGUGUGAAGUGUAACAAAUGUUAAAUUAAAACAUUCCUUGGUUAAAGGAAUGUGGCAACUCCUAGUGUUUUCAAAGACAUUUCUUUGGACACAAGGUUAUCAUUAGUCUACAGCAGCAAAAGUCCACUGGUUGCAUUUUUUUCCAAAAGGGUUAGGGUGUUAACAGGUUUUUACCUUCAUUGCAGGUGCUCAGGACUCUGUGCACUGGACAGGAGUUUCUUGUCCCAUAUGCUUAAAAGAAAGGCUUUAUAUAAGUGCAGAAAGCCACUAGGUUUUUGCAUUAAUAUGGCCUCGUGUGAUACAUACGAUAGGUACAGAGAACACUUGGAUACCUUAAAUGUGUUUAAUUGUUCAGGUCUAGAUGAAUUCCUUCUUUGGGUUCUGAAGGAACUGAUAACAAUUUAUAGAUGCUAUCUCAAAACCACUUUCUGAAAUCCAUUCCUGACAAAGUGUGUGCAUAAGGAGGGACGGUGGGGAUGUGCUGGAAGCUUUUGUGCCGCUCACCCAUUCCCCAGUGCAUAUCCAGGAGGAGCUAGGAAACUACAGACCUGUCAGAUUGAUUUCAAGAUUCUAGAACAGAUUAAUAGGCAGUCUGUGAGCAUUUCAAAAAUAAUAUGGUGAUUAGUAGGUGCCAGAAUGGGUUUGUCCAGAACAAGACAUGCAAGACUAAUCUCAUCUCCUAUUUUGACAGAGUUCCUAGUUCAGUAGAGCAUCAGAAUUAUGUGAACAUAGUGUAUCUUGAUUUCAGCAAAGCCUUUGACAGAAUCUCCCACAAUGUCCUUGUUGACAAGUGGUAAAAAUGUGGGCUAGGUCAUACUGCUCUUAGGUGGAUUCUCCGCUGGCUGAACAACCCUAUCGAAGAAGUACAAAUUCAUGGUUUCACAUCAUCCUGAAGGGGGUAUUGAGUGGAGUGCCAUGGGGCUGUGUCUUGAGCCCUGUGCUGUGGCAACGUUUUCAUGAAGGACAGAGGAGGGAGUAGAGGGGGUGCUUGUCAAAGCAGACUUGUUCUCUAUUGCUCUAGAAAGCAGGACUAGAACCAAUGGGUUGAAAUGAAAAGAAGCAGGUUAAGACUAGUCUUUAGGAAGAUUUUUCUGCGUGAGCUGUUUUGACAGCGGAACAGUAUGUCUUGUGCAGCAGUGUGUUCUCCUGGAGGUUCUCAAGCAGAGGCUGGAUGGUCAGAAUGCUGUAGCCGUUUUCUACAGUGAGCAAGGUGUUGGACUAGAAGACCUCCAAGGUCCAUUCCAGUUUCAUGAUUCUAUUUUCCUACUUGCCCAUUCUUAUUAUAACUGAGGUUUGCAAGAAACUGACUGCUCUGUUUUGUACAUUGUUUUCAGAAUAUGUCUUUGCCAUCAUAUUUGACAUCAAGAAGGAAUUUCCCCCAUCAGACUGGGAAGGGGAUUGCCUUUGUUGCUGCAAAUCACUUGGCUCACUGAGACAUAUUUUUGACUGUAGGCUCUGUAAGCUCCAUUUUGCAGUGCAGUUGUUCCAUGCAACAUACCAAUGGUAUUUAAAAACAUCAUCAUCCCACUAGCACAACAUAUAGUCAUGUUGUGACUAUAUUCAAACAUAUAGUCAUGAAGUGAGAUACUGGAUUAUUCAGAUGAGCCUAAUAUUUUGUGGCCAGUCUUAAUAAGCUGGUUUCUCACUUCCUUAUUGUUUUGUGAGUCCUUGGGUUGAUGAUGAUAAAUUAUCCGGUGUCUACAUCUGGAAAGAUUCAAGAGCACCAUGAUACAAAAAACACUGUCCUGUAGGAAGUAUUCAGUGAGACUGGUAUUCAUUGCACAUGAUGCAUCCGCAGAGCUCUUGAUUACCGUUUUGGUGCACCUGUGAAUGUUAAUUGGUAUAACAGGAAGAGAGUAAUUUGUGCCUGGACUUCUCUGCAAGCCUAAGAAUCAAAAGUCAUUCGGCACAGAGAUUUGAACGAGAUAAACAAGGGUUCCAUUAUUCAACUUGUGUUGGUUUGUUUUUAAUUGCACUUUACUUUCUAAUGUUUAAACUUCUGUUUGGGGAGUUCUUGAGGUAGAAAGAUAAAGUUCUUUCAGAACUUAAAUAACUUUAUCUCUCUCUCCCCCCCCCCCAUUUCAAGAACUCCCCAAAUGCUUAGGGAGUUCUUCUUAGGAACGUAAGCUGAGAAACAACUACUGCAACUAAUAUCUAAUCUUCAAGUAUUAUAAGAAUGUAUUGAAAUAGAGUAAUUAAACACAACUUUCUUCAA